CCUUCCUCCCCUGCCACGUGGGACCCUCAUCUCUGCUGCCUCCUCCCUUUCCUGAGAGGCUCAGCUUGAGAGAAUGAGCCAGUGAGAAGCUUCUCUAGACUUGGCUCCAAACACCUCCCCUCCCAAGACAUCUGCCUGCCCACAGGCUCCUGUUGCUCCUUCACACAGACCUGGAUGCCCCAGAGCAAGGUCUUCAUUCAUGGUCCUGAGCAGGGGCCAUGGGAUUGGGCUCUGGGCACUGACUUAACGGCACCUCCCUAGAAGGUGAGAAACAUGCCAAAUCUAAACACACGAGGACUCCCAUCCAUCGCCUUGAGACUGACCAUAAACCACAGAUGCUCUCCAGGUUCUCAAGAGUUAUCCUGCCUUCCAGAUUCCUGCCUAUCCCAACUCCCCAGCCUUGCUGAGGUUCUCUAUUGCCUCUUGAAUACAAAUGCACUCCCAAAGUGGUUUUAAGAAAAUAAAAAGAUUAUCCUUCCUCUUUGUCUAAGGGUCCUACUCCUCACACUCAGAAACAAAGAAGCUCUCCCUGCUCUUUCUGUGAUGGGAACACUAGUUCUAGCAUCCUGCAGGCUUCCCAGCCCUGCUGCAGCUCAUGGCAGAAAUGCUGCCACAGUCCAAAAGCCUCCUUGACUCCCGGAAUCCUCCCUGAUGUCUCUUUACACCCCAUACUCAUGAGAUGGAAUAAUGCCCUGAGUGAUCAUGGGCUGUCAGCACUUUGUGGAACAUGGCACCUAUCGCAACCUUGCUGUGGAGGCUGUGCCUAAUUGACGUUAUGGCUUCUUCUCUGCUUCCUUCCUGAGAGAUAUCUCUCCCUUCUUAUGAGAGGUGUCAUAGUGAAGGCCAUGGAGUGUGAAGGCCAUGGAGUGUGACAACCUGUGUUCUAGUUCUAAAAGCUGGAUGAUGUUGAGCAAAUUUAUCAUUGCCUGUGUGCUUCAAGUUUCCUCCCCUGUAAAAGAAAGUUAAUGGUAGUGCUAAUCUCAUGGGACCAGAGUGAGGACUUAAUGAGGUAACUGACAUGAAAUGCUUAUUACAGUAUCUGGAGCACAGGACAUCUGCAAUAAACAACAGCUGCUAUUACACUUCAUGUCAUAUAUAGAGACUAGCUUAUUGUUUUAAAGUAUAAUUUGACAUCGAUUAACAUGAUUUUAUCAUUUUUAUAUUGACCUCUGUGGGUGUGGAGCAGGAGGUGAUGAUUUCACCCUCUACGCAUCUGCCACAUUGAAAAAGAAAUUUGGAUGGAAAAGAAGUGAUGACUUUCACAAUCUCGUUUGACAAUUACUCAUGAUAGGUGAAGGACCGUAAGCCCAGCCUGGGAAAGAGAGAUUUCCAGACAGGUCUUUCUUAGUUAUAGAUGAUGGAGGAGAAACCAUUUCUCCUAACAAGGUAAUUUUUCUAAAGCACAAGUAUAUCAGGGAAGCAGUGAACUCAUCCUCUACACAAAUGUAAUUAGAGCCAUAAUUUUUGGUUAUAAUUAAAUAUGAGUCAAGCCUUCUGUAUGGUUCAUAUUACUCUUACCAUAUCACUACAAGGUGCAUGUUAUAACUUCAUUUACAUAUAAUUAAAUUAAGGCUUAGAGAAGUCAAGUGUCUUGUUGAAAGUCACACAGCUGGAUAUUGUAAGAAAAGGAAUUCAUCUACAGAUUGACAAGAAGCAGGUGCAGAGGAUCCAGAGGGAGCAACUGAUCUCAGAUUGGCAGGGGUAGUCCAACUACACCAUAUAGGCUGGGUCCCAGCUUGUGGGAAGCUGGGAGAAGGCCACUGGUGGGAAACUCGGCAUGUGGUAGGAAUCUGUUUAAAAGCAAUAUUUUGAGUUCCUCUCUUCACCUGGCACCAUGAGUAUCAAUAAUGACCUACUGAGUCUCAGGCAUGUAUAGUCAUUAUCUCCUUUGAUGUCCACUAAAACAUGGCAGUGAGACUUAUUAUCCCAAGUUUAGAAGGCAAAACUGAACCUAGGCAGGCCCAGUAACUUCCCCGACUCCUUAGCAGACCCUCUUGGUCGGGGUAUUUAUUCUCCAUCCCUCCUCAGUUCCCAUCUGAACACAGUGGUGAAUGGAAUAGGUGUUCUGUGUGCAGAGCAAAGAGUAUUGAAAUGGAUGUGACUGCUCUAGGAAUCUGCCCUCCAUAUUCUCCCCCAUCAUAAUCGUAUCCCCUUUCCAUAACCCAUAAUUCCCACCUCACCCCACAAAACAGAUCUUUAUUACCCUAACCCCACUUCCUCUCCUGGAAGAAGUCAGGAAAUAAUUCCUUCUCCUGGGUGCAGGCACAUGAAAGUGCUACGGGCCACAUGAGACUGAAUUUGGGCUAAGUUUUGCCAGUUUUACUGAUAAAAGUUUGGAAUAGGGAAACAUUUCAAGAGCAGACCUGGUUUCUCUCCAACAUUGAGCAGGUCCUGUGAUCCCUCCUCCUGUCCCCAAAUGAGUAGUACUUGGUUGUGGCUGGUGCAGAAUGAGACCACAAGCCAGCCACAUCCUAAGAGCUUGAGAUGGAGAGUUUAGGAAACAUUUCAUAACCACAGGUCCUUCUUGGCUUAAGAGCACCAAAUGGCAAGUCUCCAAGAAGACAUAAAGAUGGGGAUAGGAGCCAUGGAAGGAGUACAGACCCCAGGUGGGAAGGAAGCAUUAUUUCUGCUAAGCCUGUCUGAUUCUCCUGAAAUGGAGCAUGCGUAACUGCUUGCAUUGUAGCUGCUUGCUGUGCCUGAUUUCUAUCUCACAAUCCAGAAGCAGGUUACUGCCUCACUCCAUCACAUCCACUUCCUCUUGAACUGAGGGAGGCAGGGCUUGUCUUCUCUCCUCAGAGCAGACUCUGCAAUCUUCCCAGCACAGACGUUUGGACAGAGCAGGCUCCUGAGGUCUCCAGAAUGCCCGUCCCAGCCUCCUGGCCCCACCUUCCUGGUCCUUUCCUGCUGCUGACUCUACUGCUGGGACUCACAGGAGUGUUGGGUGAGGAGGAGCUGCAGGUGAUUCAGCCUGAGAAGUCCGUGUUGGUUGCAGCUGGAGAGACGGCCACUCUGCACUGCACUGUGACCUCCCUGAUCCCUGUGGGGCCCACCCAGUGGUUCAGAGGAGCUGGACCAAGCCGCGAAUUAAUCUACAAUCAAAAAGAAGGCCACUUCCCCCGGGUAACAACAGUUUCAGACCUCACAAAGAGAAACAACAUGGACCUUUCCAUCCGCAUCAGUAACAUCACCCCAGCAGAUGCCGGCACCUACUACUGUGUGAAGUUCCGGAAAGGGAGCCCCGACGACGUGGAGUUUAAGUCUGGAGCAGGCACUGAGCUGUCUGUGCGUGCCAAACCCUCUGCCCCCGUGGUAUCGGGCCCUGCGGCGAGGGCCACACCUCAGCACACAGCGAGCUUCACCUGCGAGUCCCACGGCUUCUCACCCAGAGACAUCACCCUGAAAUGGUUCAAAAAUGGGAAUCAGCUCUCAGACUUCCAGACCAACGUGGACCCCGUAGGAGAGAACGUGUCCUACAGCAUCCACAGCACAGCCAAGGUGGUGCUGACCCGCGAGGACGUUCACUCUCAAGUCAUCUGCGAGGUGGCCCACGUCACCUUGCAGGGGGACCCUCUUCGUGGGACUGCCAACUUGUCUGAGACCAUCCGAGUUCCACCCACCUUGGAGGUUACUCAACAGCCCGUGAGGGCAGAGAACCAGGUGAAUGUCACCUGCCAGGUGAGGAAGUUCUACCCCCAGAGACUACAGCUGACCUGGUUGGAGAAUGGAAACGUGUCCCGGACAGAAACGGCCUCAACCCUUACAGAGAACAAGGAUGGUACCUACAACUGGAUGAGCUGGCUCCUGGUGAAUGUAUCUGCCCACAGGGAUGAUGUGAAGCUCACCUGCCAGGUGGAGCAUGACGGGCAGCCAGCGGUCAGCAAAAGCCAUGACCUGAAGGUCUCAGCCCACCCGAAGGAGCAGGGCUCAAAUACUGCUCCUGGCCCAGCACUGGCUUCUGCUGCUCCACUUCUCAUAGCUUUCCUCCUGGGCCCCAAGGUGCUGCUGGUGGUUGGUGUCUCUGUCAUCUAUGUCUACUGGAAGCAGAAGGCCUGACUGCAUCCCAGAAGGAGACCAGCACCAGGAAUACAACAGCCUCCCAGGAAAUGUUUCUUAAAUGAUGAGCAGAUGAUUAAAUAUGGACAUGUUACCCACAGCUCCUUCCCUCCUCCCCUGCCACAUGGGACCCCCAGUCUCUCCUGCCUACUUCCUUCCUUGAAUGGCUCUGACUGAGAGAAGGGGCUGGUGAGAAGCUUCCCCAGACUGAGCUCCAAACACCUCCCCUCCCAGGACAUCUUCCUGCCCACAGGCUCCUGUUGCUCCUUUGCAGAGUCCUUGAUUCUCCAGAGCAGUCUUCAUUCAUGGUCCUGAGCAGAGGCCAUGGGAUGGGGCUCUGGGGAGUGACUCAUGACACCUCCCUAGGAUGUGGGAAACACGCCAAAUCUAAACACAUCAGGACACCUCUCCUCCAUCGUCUUGGACUCUCCGUAAGCCACAAACUGCAGUCCAGAUUCUCAAGAGUUAUUCUGCCUUCUGGAUUCCUGCCUACCCAAUUACCCAGCCUUGUUGAGAUUCUCUAUUGCCUCCUGAAUACAAAUUAACACUCAUCCAGGUUUUAAGGAGAAAAAUGAUUAUCCUUCCUCUUUGUUUAUACAUAUGAUAUAAUUUGGAUAUUUUUCCCUACAAAUCUCAAUGUGAAAUUUCAUCCCCUAUGUUGGAGGUGAGGUCAGGUGGGAGGUGUUUGGGUCAUGGGGAUGGAUUCAUCAUGAAUGACUUGGUGUUACCUUGGUCUAUUAGCACCCACAAGAUCUGAUUGUUUAAAAGUGCCUAGCAGCUCCCUCUUCUCUUUUUCUCUUCCUCUCUCCCCAUGUUAUGCCAACUCCACUUCACUGUCCACUGUGAGCAGAAGCACUCUGAGGCCCUCAGCAGCAGAUGCAAGUACCAUGCUUCUUGUACAGUCUGCAGAACCAAAAGCCAAAUAAACCUCUCUUUAUAAAUUA